CGCUUACGCAAGCGCGUCCUGGAAUUGGCCGGGGCCGUGUGCGUGAGUAAAGAGAGAGCGAGGUAGCCGCAGCAAUGGAGGAACAGAGCCGGAAUCCACAGAGCCAGCCGACCGGGAAAGGGAAGGAUGCAGGCGGGGAGGCACGGGACGCGGCCAAGGACAAAGACAAGGAUAAGAAGGAGGAGCAGGAGCUGUCUGAAGAAGACAAGCAGCUGCAGGAUGAACUGGAAAUGCUGGUGGAGAGACUGGGGGAAAAAGAUAGCUCCUUAUACCGACCAGCUCUGGAGGAGCUACGUCGGCAAAUCCGCUCUUCAACCACCUCAAUGACAUCUGUUCCUAAACCUCUAAAGUUCCUUCGGCCACACUUUGGGAAGUUAAAGGAGAUCUAUGAGAAUAUGACCCCAGGAGAAAACAAACGUUUUGCUGCUGAUAUCAUUUCCGUUCUUGCCAUGACUAUGAGCAGUGAGAGGGAGUGUCUGAAGUACAGACUGCUUGGUUCCCAAGAGGAGCUGGCAUCAUGGGGACAUGAAUAUGUCAGGCAUUUGGCUGGAGAAGUUGCCAAGGAAUGGCAGGAAGUAGAAGAAGCUGACAAAUCUCAGCGUGAAAAACUACUGACUUUGGUGAAGGAGAUCGUCCCAUAUAAUAUGGCGCACAAUGCAGAGCAUGAGGCCUGUGAUCUUCUCAUGGAGAUAGAGCAGAUGGACAUGUUGGAGAAGUACAUUGAUGACAAUGCAUAUGCUAAAGUUUGUCUGUACCUGACUAGUUGUGUGAGCUAUGUACCUGAGCCCGAAAACUCUGCUCUCUUGCGAUGUGCACUCUCAAUCUUUCGCAAGUUCAACCGCUAUCCAGAAGCUUUGCGACUUGCAUUGAUCCUCAAUGACAUGGAGCUAGUGGAAGACAUCUUUACUUCUUGCAAGGAUGUUGUUGUACAGAAACAGAUGGCCUUCAUGUUGGGCCGGCAUGGAGUUUAUUUGGGCUUAAAUGAGGAUGUGGAGGAGUAUGAAGAUUUAACAGAGAUCAUGUCUAAUGUGCAACUUAACAGUAAUUUCCUGGCUCUGGCACGUGAGCUUGAUAUCAUGGAGCCCAAAGUCCCAGAUGAUAUUUACAAGACACAUCUGGAAAAUAACAGAUUUGGAGGCAGUGGUUCACAGGUGGAUUCAGCUCGGAUGAAUUUGGCCUCCUCGUUCGUGAAUGGAUUUGUCAAUGCAGCUUUUGGUCAAGACAAGCUGCUAACGGAUGAUGGAAACAAGUGGCUUUAUAAGAACAAGGACCACGGUAUGCUCAGUGCUGCAGCUUCUUUGGGAAUGAUCCUUCUCUGGGAUGUGGAUGGAGGCUUGACCCAGAUAGACAAGUACUUAUACUCCUCUGAGGAUUAUAUCAAGUCUGGAGCUCUUCUGGCCUGUGGAAUUGUGAACUCUGGUGUGAGGAAUGAGUGUGAUCCAGCUCUAGCACUAUUAUCAGAUUAUGUUCUGCACAAUAGCAACACAAUGCGCAUUGGCUCCAUUUUUGGGUUGGGUCUUGCAUAUGCUGGGUCGAACCGUGAGGAUGUUCUGACUUUGCUACUUCCAGUUAUGGGAGAUUCAAAAUCCACCAUGGAAGUAGUCGGGGUAACUGCUUUAGCUUGUGGAAUGAUUGCUGUGGGAUCUUGUAAUGGAGAUGUAACCUCCACAAUUCUGCAAACCAUCAUGGAGAAAACUGAGCAGGAACUGAAAGACACAUUUGCUCGCUGGCUACCUCUUGGAUUGGGACUAAAUCAUUUAGGAAAGGGCGAGGCUAUUGAGGCAAUCCUUGCAGCUUUAGAGGUGGUGUCUGAACCAUUCCGCAGCUUUGCAAACACACUUGUUGAUAUCUGUGCAUAUGCAGGAUCUGGAAAUGUCUUGAAAGUUCAGCAACUUCUUCAUAUAUGCAGUGAACACUUUGAUUCCAAGGAAAAGGAAGAGGAGAAAAAAGACAAAAAGGAAAAGAAAGAGGCUGCUGCUGAUAUGGGGUCUCACCAGGGUGUAGCAGUUCUAGGUAUUGCUCUUAUUGCAAUGGGAGAAGAAAUCGGUUCAGAAAUGGCGUUACGUACCUUUGGACACCUGUUAAGAUAUGGUGAACCCACACUGCGCAGAGCGGUACCCUUGGCUCUGGCGCUUAUAUCCGUUUCAAAUCCAAGGCUAAACAUCUUGGACACCCUAAGCAAAUUCUCUCAUGAUGCAGACCCUGAGGUUUCCUACAACUCUAUUUUUGCUAUGGGACUGGUGGGCAGCGGUACAAACAAUGCUCGCUUGGCUGCAAUGCUGAGGCAGUUGGCACAGUAUCAUGCAAAAGACCCAAACAACCUGUUCAUGGUGCGACUUGCACAGGGUCUUACUCACUUGGGAAAGGGCACCCUCACACUUUGCCCAUAUCACAGCGAUCGACAGCUUAUGAGUCAGGUGGCAGUGGCUGGACUAUUAACUGUGCUUGUGUCGUUCCUGGAUGUCCGGAACAUCGUUCUUGGGAAAUCACAUUAUGUAUUAUACGGUUUAGUAGCUGCAAUGCAGCCACGUAUGUUGGUCACUUUCGAUGAGGAGCUGCGACCUCUGCCAGUGUCUGUGAGAGUUGGACAGGCUGUGGAUGUUGUAGGUCAGGCUGGCAAGCCCAAGACCAUCACAGGUUUCCAGACACACACGACUCCAGUGUUGUUAGCGCACGGAGAGCGGGCAGAGUUGGCCACAGAAGAAUAUCUGCCAGUAACCCCCAUACUGGAGGGCUUUGUUAUUCUGCGCAAAAAUCCCAACUAUGAUGUGUAGUGGCACAUUACAGCCACUAAUGGGAGGAGAAGGGGGUGGGGAGUUGUAUAAGUUGGAUUUGACUGAAGGGGCUAGUGUUUCUUUUUUUAUGUUACUUUAUGAGAUAAUUAAAUAAUUUCACAACCAUCAUGUGUGCUCGGAUUAAUGACAGUACUUUGUCAUCCAGUGUUUUAUAAAGCAAAUUAUCGUGAACUCUGGUUUGGACAACAUUGUGUGGGUGUGUGUAUUUAGGAGUGCUUUUGCUCUGCAUUUAUUUGUUAGCGGGAUUAGCUCUUUGUACAGAGUAAAUAACCCAAAGGUUUGCCUUCAGUGGACUCAUUUUACAACAAUCUUGCAGCAUUGGAUUGGGCCAAUGUAAUCAAAAGUGUCGUUUUCAUAAUUUAUUAACGGCUCAUAUGAUUUGGGCCCUAGCGUAAUGGAUCAUUCCCUAUUCUUUAAGGAUAUUUGUUUGACAACAGGGCUCCGGUAAUAUAAGCAUUGCUGAGAAUGACUUUUAAGUAUGUGCAAGCUGAAUUUUAGGUUUAGCCAGCUUGUUUUUAUUUGAAAAUGCCAAAGUUCAUCAGUAAUGUCCGCAAGGCGACUUCUUAACUUCCCCCAGUUUGCACUGAUAAAGUGUCUGUGAGGUUUUAUUUUUUAUUUUUUUUUCCUACCAGUGACCAUAAUAAUAAAAAUCCUUUAAGAGACAUGAACGAAUUCCAUCAAAGUUUGAUACUUGUUAAGAGCCUGUUAAGCAAUGAAAUAAACAGGGAUUACAUUCACAUUUAUCUGA